GAGAGAGAGAGAGAGAGAGAGAGAGAGAGAGAGAGAGAGAGAGAGAGAGAGAGAGAGAGAGAGAGAGAGAGAGAGAACGAACUGUUUACACUCCCACAUCCAUCUCUGACGCAGGCGCAGCUGGGUGGAUGGCUCGGGGCUCCUGCAGAUGGAAAGAAGAUGAUGUGUCUGGACGAGAGGUUUGACAUCCAAGCAGGAAAGUGCGUCGUCUUGUCCUUCGGUGUAAAUAACGAAUGGUCUUUCGAAGAUGACGCAGAGAGGUUGGGUUGUAAAGUGUAUGCCUUCGACCCUACCAUGGGCAAGGAGGACCACCAGAGAUCAGCCAACAUCAGGUUCUUCAAGCUUGGCAUCUCGGAUGUCGCGGGAGAGAAGGGGGUCGGUAUGAACGCAGAUCCGCUGGACUUCAAUUUCCGCAAACCGUUCCCUGUCGACCGCUACGAGAACAUCGUCCGGCGUCUGGGACUCGAAGGCCGCGUCAUCGACUUCGUCAAGAUGGACAUCGAACUCUCCGAGCUGGACGUCCUGCGCGACCUGCUGGACGACUCGCCUCACCUCCUCAGGAACAUCAACCAGAUCGCCAUCGAGGUCCACCAUGAUCUGCGUCACGGAGACUUCGGCCCCAACAGCACCGUGCGGAAAUUCUGGCCGCUUUACCACAGGCUUCGCUGUCACGGUUUCUCCAUCAUCAGCUCCCGAGACCAAAUUUUGUGGCAGGAGGUGGUGUGGGCGCGUGACACUGCUGGCAUCCCGUGA